AAUUCAUUCAGUUUCUCAAACAAAAACUUAAUGAAUAACGGCAACAGCAGUGAAAAAAUUUCGUCUUCGUCUAGUUUUAAUUCGUAUUAAUUAAAAAGUUUGUUAUUCGCGUACUCGAUAAUAUUUUCAGUCUACUUAUAAAAACGUCGAACAAUGAUACGUAAAAUAUGAAAUAAACCUAUACCGAAAGAUUCGUAGUUGGUGAUUGUGUUUGAUAAUGAUGCUGGUCAUGAGAGAUUACUGUUCUACGUACGAUUGUGAGCAUUGUUCGACUACAUUAGCUGUGAUUUUCGUUUAAAUUGUCUCGUAUAAAUGUUAUUCAACGCGAGAGAACUACCAUGGUUUGAUUUGAAAAUGAAAACGUAUACUUCUCUUAAUUUCUCACCGGCCGAAGAAGACUGCUUAAUCGACGAAGUAUCAAGAUAUCCCGCCUUGUACGAUGCCGAAAGUCGAGACCAUAAAGAUGUCUCGUUGAAGCUCAAUAUUUGGAAAAUGAUUUCCGAAAAAUUAAACAAUAAAAGCAUUCAAGAUUGUCAAAAAAAGUGGAAGAAUAUAAGAGACAGUUAUAUGCGUUUUAGAAGACGACGACGUAAGGCAGCUAUUUCCAAUAUGGAAGACGUACCAAUUCCAGAAUCCAGUCGUUACGCUCGAUUAUCUUUUUUAGAUAAUGUCAAAUGCGACAGAUUAAUGCAUACAAGUGCCAUCGAAGAAGACAAUUCUUUAUGUGUAACCGAAGACAGUACCUGUGAUUACCAUACCUUAACUGGAGGCUACAAAAGAAAAGCUGACGAUCUCAUCGACGACUCCGAAGCCGCUCAAAUGCAAAUUCUCAACAAUUUCGUUAAUCCGACCAAACCGCCGGAAGAUGAAAUUGAUUUUUUCAUGUGCAGUUUAGCCAACACCAUAAAGAAAUUCACGCCCGAAUUGAAGCGUAAAGUAAAAGUCGAUAUGUUACGAAUGGUCAACGAAUACGAAAAAAGAAACGAAGCCGAGACGACCGGUAAUCAAUUGGUUAAUCUUUGAAAAUCAUCGUCAUCUUGUUCGACAAAUAAUAAAAUAAUAUUUUUAUUAUAAUUUUUCAAGAGUUGAUCAACUCGUCGUUGUUGGAAGGAACUUCGUAAUCCUAUAUUAUUGUUUCAUUGUUUUUCUUUUUCUUUUUUAUUUCUAAGCUCAUUUUUAUUAGCCAUUAAACUACCUUCUUUUUUUUCUAAAA